UCUCCGUCUUUCUCCGCCUUGCUCCCUCACAGCCCUCACACACCUCCCUCCGCCCCCGGCGGGAUCCCAGGGUGGAAGGCAUCAUCAGGCGGCUGGAGGGGCCGGUCAUCCCUGCAUGGGCGGCGCACUGACAGACGGGAGCGCAGAGGGUGUUUUCCCCCUUUAAAAGCGCCGGAGCCGGCCCGGAUGACAGAGCGCGCGGCGUUAUCGACUCGAGGAGAGCCCCUGAGAGCGCGCGCGCGCAUCACCUGAGCAGCGACCCCGCAGAGCGGCCGCAGCUGGCAUCCGGCCGAUCGGUGCGUGAAGGAGCUCUGCCGCCGGAGAAAGUUGCGCAUCGCUUGUUGAAUGCAGGAUAUCUUCCGGCUGAAGUCCAAGGUCAGCUUCGGAGCGCCAACCUGCGAGCAGUUCCCACAUCUGUCUCCGCCGACAUGAAGUGUGCAGAGGAAGAUGCUUACAGCUACGCCCCAAAUGUCAGUCUGGCUCUUCCAUUAGGUGUGGCCAACUCCUGCCUGGCUACCCAGUACCAUACCUUACAGUCCAGCCCUGUUAUCUCGGUUUCCUCCUGCCACCAGACAGGCUACAGUUUGCAAAAUGACAAUCAUGCAGCAUCAGGCUACUACCUGCCACCAAGUUUAAGACCCAACGGCGCCCCGGCCCUCGAAAGCCCUCGCAUUGAGAUCACAGCUUACAGCCAAUACCCGGAAGACGAGGUAGAGGAGAGCAGCAGCGAGGACCGUGUCAUCAAACGAGGGGUCAACUCCAUUGUCACCUUGACGCUGCCCAAUGCUGAUGGUUACAGAGAUCCCAGCUGCCUUAGCCCUGCCAGUAGCAUCUCCUCACGCAGCUGUAACUCUGAAGCAUCGUCAUAUGAGUCUGGCUUCUACAACUAUGACAAUUCCCCACAGAACUCCCCUUGGCAGUCGCCCUGUGUUUCUCCCCGGGGGUCAUUCUCACUUCUGUCAUGUCCGCACGCCCUCGGCCCUGCAGGCUCCCCCCACCACUCGCCGUCCACGUCCCCCCAGAUUGGAGCCGUGGCGGAGGAAGGCUGGCCAGCACAACCGAGAGGGUCCAGGCCAAAUUCCCCCUCCUGCAGUGGAGGUGGUGCAGGCAACAGUAUCACUAUGGGGAAGAGAAAAUACAGCUUCAAUGGCUCCUCCUACCGCCAGGCAUCCCCCAACCAGUCACCAACACCCUCUCCUCAUGGUUCACCUCGCGUCAGUGUCACAGAUGACAGCUGGCUCACCAACACCAACCAGUACACCAACUCUGCCAUUGUUGCUGCCAUUAAUGCUUUGACCACAGAUGGAGUGGUGGACAUGACGGAGGGAAUCCCAAUCAAGACACGCAAGACCAUGCUGGACAUCUCCUCUUCCAUGAGCCUGAAGGUGGAGCCCAGUGACGAGGAGCUGGCUGAUGGGGAACUCUGUCAUGAGGAGUACCCUUCUCGGCUGGCUCUUAAGAAGGAGAACUUCCACGGAGGCUUCCUGGAUGUGCCCCAGCACCCCUACUCUUGGCCUAAACCCAAGCCCUACCUCAGCCCCUCCCUGCCGGCCCUCGACUGGCAGUUGCCCUCCUGCUCUGGCCCGUACAACCUACAGAUCGAGGUGCAACCCAAAUCUCACCACAGGGCCCACUACGAGACGGAGGGCAGCAGAGGAGCAGUGAAGGCCCUAUCUGGAGGACACCCUGUCAUACAGCUUUAUGGCUACAUGGAAAGCGAGCCGCUCACCCUGCAGCUGUUCAUAGGGACCGCAGACGACCGCCUCCUGCGACCACAUGCCUUCUAUCAGGUCCAUCGCAUUACCGGCAAAACUGUCUCCACUGCCAGCCACGAAGUUAUGCAAUCCAACACCAAAAUCCUGGAGAUCCCUCUGCUGCCUGAGAACAACAUGAGAUCUAUAAUCGACUGUGCUGGAAUCCUGAAGUUGCGUAAUUCAGACAUAGAGCUACGCAAAGGGGAAACAGACAUCGGGCGCAAAAACACUCGUGUCCGAUUGGUGUUCCGGGUGCACAUCGCGCAGCCCAACGGCAGGACGGUGUCCUUACAGACGGCUUCCAACCCCAUUGAAUGUUCCCAGCGCUCAGCUCAGGAGCUUCCAUUGGUGGAGAAGCAAGGUUUGGACAGCUACCCUGCCACUGGAGGCAAGAUGAUGCUUCUCAGCGGCCUCAAUUUUCUCCCCGAGUCCAAGGUGGUGUUUGUGGAGAAGGCACAGGAUGGACACCACCUGUGGGAGGCAGAAGCCAAAGUUGACAAGGACUCCGUCAAAUCCAACAGUCUUGCUGUGGAAGUCCCACCAUACAAGAAUCAGAGAAUAUCCAGUCCCGUGCAGGUUAACUUCUAUGUUUGCAAUGGAAAGAGGAAGAGGAGCCAAUACCAACGCUUCACCUACCUGCCGCCAAAUGUGCCGAUAAUAAAGACAGAACCCCACGAUGACUAUGAUUCUCUGGGGUCUGUUGGGCUCUCCAUGCAUUCAAAGCACUACUAUAGCCAGCCCAGACUCAAUUCAAUCAUGCCGGUGGCCGAUCCCGACGCCUGCCUGGUGGCUGGCUACCUUCCUUGUCUGCCUAGUCAUGCUGCCAUAACACCGUCAUCUGCCAGCUCCAGUCCUACCCUCCAUGACCUGUCCCCUGUAGCGUACAGCAAAUGUCCCUCAAGCAGUCCCACCAAUGGAGCCCCACCAGCCCCCAUUGUGCUCCCUGUUCCGGAGACUCCCGUCUGCCCAAACCUUUCCCACCCAACGCCACUGGACCCCAACCCCUCUUUAGGGAUGCUUGAUUCUCAGGGCAGCCCCAUUCACCUCAACAGCCCUGGAGCCCAUAGUUAUCAUCCUAUCUAUGCCAACAGCAGCUCCUCAUCCUCCCCAGUGUCCCACCCUUCCACGCCAAGUGGAGCUGCAGAGAGUCCAUUUGCUCAGGCCUACAGCCCCAGUCCCACACAAGCAGCAGCCAGUGCAACCCAAUGUGGAGGGAGCCCCGCCAGUCUGCUUCCUGAGGAUGCCAGUCCCAUAUCAGCUGCCAUCACCGUCAAGCAAGAACCUCAGGAACUGGACCAGAUGUACCUAGAUGAUGUGAACGAAAUCAUCAGGAACGACCUCUCCAGCACCUCCGUGCACACUCACGCGUAGACGUCCAGAUGUUUUCUGCUGCAGCACACGUACACACCCAGACCGAGGCAUCAACCCACAGCGGUCCAGACGAGCUACAGGUCCAGAUUAAGAAGAAAAUAAAAAAGGCCUUGACCAGGAUCUCCCCCCCCGACCGCUCUCCUUGAUUCAAAGACUCGCUGACAAUCACUGGCAAGCUCCAUUUGAAAAAAAAACAGGUGAAUGUUUCAUUUGAAAAAAAAAAGGGAAGUGAUUUCAGGGGCAAAAUAUGAGGCUACACUCGCCUUAAUUCACAGCAGAUGUUCUUUAGUGGACCAAGCAGCUCAAUGACUCCCCCGGUCUUCUCCAAGAUGACAAUCUUCAUUUGGUGUGCGUGUUCACCCAAGGACAAGCUAACGGGACAAUAAGCUUCAUCCCUUUGCUUCUUUUGUUUGCUCAGUUGGUCAGCAACCACCAAUCCGGUGCCUUCCAGCAGUGACAGCAGACAGCAGCAGCAAUCGCACUCAUGCCAACACUUCACUGCAACCCAAAGCAGACGUUUUUAUACAUUUUUGUAUCAUUUCAACAAUUUGUUUACAGGGAAAAAGAGUAAAAGGGGUGGAAAAAAGAGGGGAGUGUGUGAAUGAAUCUAUUUUUUUGCUUCUUUAUUCUAUGUUCAUUUAAACCGAAUGUGUGUAUUAUAUUCAUUUGUAUAAACAAGUUUUUUUGAAAUGCCUUAUCUUACUUAAUGAAUUAUUGUUUUUACACUUUUUAUGUCUUUUGAUUUCAUACAUAUUUGACUCUUUUCUUUUCACCUUUGUGCCUGUUUUUUUCUACAUUUUUCCCAGUUUUCCAGCCCUUCAUCCAUAUCCUGGCUGUAAGACAAUCAGAGAAAGAUGCAGAGCAUAUCUCCUGAAUUUCAGGGCCUUUUGAAGACAGCCUUUUUCUUUCUUUCUUUCAUAUCAGCUAGUGUGCUUUCCCGCUUCAUUAGAACACAUGUAUUUGCAUACCUUGUAUAUUAGUCACCACAGUGCAGAUCUGCAUGUUAAUAUUCUCAGUUUUACUCAUCAACGGGGUGAUUUCAGUGAGGACUUGGCCAGGACUGUUACCGACAGAUAGGCAAUAAUUGAUGAAAGCAAACCAAAGGGUUUUAUCUUUGGUGAAGUUAUUGUCUUUUUUCUGUUCGUUUCUCCAGAAAUAAAUCAUUAUGCACUUUACUGCAGAAACUUUGCCUCCAGACCAAAUGCAGAUAUUUGUUUGUGAUGCAGAUGCACAUAAUCCCUUCUUACAAAGCUGCAAGUUUUCUUUCUGUCAUUUCGAGCAUGCGCGCCGCAGUCAUGUAGCUCCUAGGAUAGCAGAAUAGCCUCCCCAUGCAUUUUACUCUGUAACUGCAUGUCUGUAUCAUGAAGGUUUUUCGUGCCUUACUCUCCUCAAUGGCUUCACAAUCUUUGUAACUGUGUAAUGCUUCUUUGUGUAGGCACAGGGUAAAACCUGUCUCUUUAAUCUCAAAUAUUUAUAAAAAUGAAAUGUGUUUUAAGUGCAUUUAAUAUGUUCUCUAAAUUGAAAUAAACAUCAUAAAGGUGACCAUAAAUG